GGUCUUUACGUUACUCUCCUCUUAUUUUUAGCGUUCAUGGACUCAAACAUAUUGAAAACAAAUUCUUCGUAUUUGUACCAUCUGGGAAAAUUUCUGGAGCCUGCGGUUGGGUACAAUUCCCACUGGCUACUGUGCUGGCGGGCUACAUUGCACGGCUGGGAUGUCCGUAUACAGUUUCACAGACGCUGCGAUGGAAAAAGAGACACAGUUACCAUAAUAAAAAAGGGUAAAUACGUUUUUGGAGGUUACACGGACAUUCCUUGGGGUAAGAAAAUUGCUUGCUCAGUUUAAAAGCAAAUAGCAAUAAAACGUAAAGUUGAGCCAGACCAGUCUUCUUAACAAUUGUUACUGCUGUAAGAACUAGGGAGGCUGGUUGUUACCUAUUAACGAUUCUGUAAAAUUUAGGAUAUGUUGAAUAUCUAUCAUACCGGUUCCUGGAGAGAAAAUGCAUGGACCAUGAUAGCAUUCACUCAAAGUUUACUAGUCUGCUACACAGGACACCAAACUGUGACAUCCACGGGCAUUUUUGUGUGAUUUUUAGUAAAAUAGCUAUUCUUACCAACUCGAGUACGCUGAUUUCGAAAAUUACGGUUGCCAAUCUCAAGCUUUUGUGAAGGUGGAGUUUUGGGGCAUUUCAUUAUGACAUCACUGUCCAAAAAAGAAGUUUUCUUUCCUUCCCUAAUAAUAAAAUUUAAUAGAUCCAGAAAUGGUCUCAAUUUUAAAGACCAUUUAGAGAAUUUAUGAAACGCUGUUUCUGCGAAUUUCGAGGCGUCACAUGACAAUUGACCCCCACACCCUUUGAUAUAAAAUUCACACAAUUAUGGCUAAAGAUGUGAUAUUUAUCGCGAUAAUUUUACUGAGAUAAUUAAAAAGUAUAUUAAAAUAAGCCAUUCUUUGAUUGCACGUGCUCUUGGCAAUUAUUGAAAAACCUUCCCAUUCUUGCGCUUUCCUUCUCACUAAAUACGUUACAAGACCAAGGCAACUUUGAAAGGUAAGUUCAAAUAGUUUAGGAUAGGCGGACUGCUUAAUAAAAUGUAGGAGUAUGGAGACAUCUAAAAAGAAAAGGAGCUGCAGCGACUCUCUCAGUAUAGACGCUGAGGAGUGGCUUUCCACAAGGACCGAUGAGAAAUGUGCAAAGCUGCUAGAUGCACAAAGGCACGGAAAAGAAUUUUUGAUGAACAAAAUAAAGAGACAAUAAAAAGAGAAAGCGUAAGAGAUAUAACCACUCCUAGGGCUUUCCACAAGUUGCUCGGCAACUUUUUGGCAACUUCUCGUACUUCGAGCAACUUCUCGAGUUCUCUUCUAAUUCUGAGAUAUCGGAGCAGCUUUUAGUGCUUCAAAUUGGCCUUUCUUCCAUAUUUCACAAUGUUUAACUAAACAAUUUCUGAAUUUCCUGUAAAAAAAAAAUGGAACCAAAUCCUCCCUCCUGGGGCAGAUCAUGGGCGCAAGAUAAAAGUAACCGGGCUGCUAGGUCAGCUGUUUUUAGAGAACAUUCAAAAUGGUGGACGAAGAUUGACACUCGACUGACUUGUGUCUCGGGUGAAGAAGGUCAUAUCAACAUUUUUAUUGGCUGGUUAGACUUUUGGUUUUUUUUUUAGGACAAAGUUAUUUAGCAACACUGGUUACGCUGCAAAUUGCACAAAGUGCUUAGAAAUUUUACUUUUGUUGUACAAGUUGCAUAUUUUAGAAUCAGACCAAAGAAAAGUUUUCGUUCUUUUUCGAGCAAUUUUUAAGCAACUCUCGUUACAAAAAAGCAACUUUUUUUUGUUUUUUUGAGCAACUUUUGAGAAAUUACGGGAAACGUUUUGUAAAAUCUCGAGCAGCUUGUGGAAAACCUAACCACUCAUAACUCACUUCGCCUCACAACGGCACAGAAAUUUGUUAUCGUGACGUCAUACACAAAGUGAAAAUUGAGCUUUUGUGGGAAAAGCUAUUAAAUAGGGACCUUAAGAUCUGACGACGGCGACGGCAACGGGAACGCAACAAAAGCAAUAGGUUUAAUUAGCAAAACAACAGUUUUGCACGUGCAUCACGCUUUUUUGUACAUUUCUUUGCCGUCACUGCACGACUACGACGUGAAAAUGCCUAAUUUCACGAUGUACAGAAGAAGUACACAAGCGACGUCGAAAUUUCCUCUCUCUUACUGAACUUGGAUAUGGUUCUUAGGAAUUCAACUUUAGGAGGGUUCGCCUACAUUUGACAAAGUUAGUGACUUGCAAUAAUCUCGAUGAAGAUUGGAAGAACGCGAAUUCACUUUUUCAGCGACGUUUUUUCUGCCGUCGCCGUCCUAGGUCUUAAGGUCCCUAAUAAUCCCCCCUAACGCAGAAAAAAAGUAUUUCUUUUGACAACGAGGCGGCCUCCACUUCAUUAAAAGGGCAAGUAGCACGAAGUAGUAGGAGAAGUGUCGCACCUGUACAAUGGAGUCUUUCUGUACUUUGCCAAAAAUUCGAAAACACCGAGAGGCGCUCAAAUCAUUUACAUCAUUCAAUGUAAGCAAUUCAGUUCCAGCAAUUAAAUCAUCUUAUCUCGAUUUAACCUGAAUUUCAGACGAUUACUUCGAGUCGUUUUUACUUCCUCAGUAGGGUCUAAAUUGACUGGCCGCUAAUACCGUCCAGUGACGUCACUACUCAUUCCUAAGUCAUGCAAAAAGUAAAACACGAUUUUCAACCGGCAAACAAAGAAAUAUCGUCUGGAAAUGUCUACAUGAUACAGAAGUGCUUUACUCUUUUUGAAUGUAAUUCAUAUUUAACGUUUAAACUGUCAACUGCAUGCAGUACUCUGAACGAAGUUGUACGUUUAAUUCAAUACUCAAACUCGAUCGCAAUCACGCAGAUAAAACAAGCUCAUUAAAAUACACACACGGAACACUUCAAAAACACAACGAUUUGCUUUAAAAAAAGAAGCUAUUUGGUGCUUAACGAAGAAGAAAAAAAAAACAAGAAAAAAAAGUUAAACAGAAUCAUUACACUCGACGGUGGAAAUUAAAAGACUUAAAUCCCAGAAAUUUUCGCUUUCGAACUUUUUUAACUUCACGCAAACAUGCCAGGCAUCCGACCCAGCAAUCCCGCUAAAAUUUCUCGUAACUAUACAUAAUUCUGCGAAUGUUUGGACAAGAAUCAACCAAUCAAACACUACCCGGUUUUCGGGUAGUGACGUCACACUGGAGGGGAUUAGCGGCCGGUCGAUUCAGACGUUGCUAACAGAGUAAAAAAAAAGACUCGAAGUAAUCGUCUGAAAUUCAGGCUAAUCUGGAUAAUGCACUAAAAUUCCGCCUAGCUGAGGUAAGCGAUCUCAUUGCAGCAAAGGGCCGGGAAGGUACAAAAAGUGUCUGAGCACUUAGUACCAGACUGGCAAAAAGAAAGAGGAAUCUCAACAGGCAGUUAUCGUUAUGAUUUUAUCUGCUUUGAGCUCGGCCACUAUACUGCAGUGCGUAAACCAAAUACUCCAGCUAUCUGACGUAUGGCCGGGAUAUAAUAAGCUAGCCCAAAAAACCAAUACAAACAUAUCGCAGUCAUCUAUCAACAGGAAAGCAUCACGAGAAAAGUUGGAGACUUGUUCGAAUUCUUAAGCACUGAUAUGGGGGAUUACAUCAUACAAGUUAUGAUGUACGCUCCUAGUUAACGCUGUUAGUAGAUCUACUGCACCAGGCGGGCCAUAUACAGCUACAACAGCCAAAUCCUUAAGUUGGACCCCUCACUGGGGCAAGAUACAGUCUGUUCUUGAAAGAGAUAAAUGGCACCGUUGUCCUAACUGGUUCUAAACCCGGACAACUUCCUGAUGCAGUUCACUACUAAUAACAUUCACAUCAACCAUUCGUUACUAGGUGGAAAGGACACUUUCCACGAAACACAGGUACCUGGUUGACAAAGAGGCCCAAAUAAAACAAAACAUUUAGCAAGCUUGAGGCCCAAAGUGAAUUGUGAAAUAACUAGGAUUCAACAUUGCACAAGAAAAACAAAAAGUUGUAUAUGUAUUCCUAAGUACAUUACAAAAAAAUAAUUGCUGUCUUUACACUAGGCCGUUAAGUAAGACUUAAGAGCUGCUAAGUUUUACUUAACCAAAAAUUCGUGUGUGAAGGCCUAAGUAAAAUCUCAAGUAACUUUACUUUGCAUUUCAUUAAAGUUGGAAAGUUGAAACGAUUCAAGAAAGUUUUAAGCGACUUGAAAAGCAUCCUUAAAACCGACUUCGCUGACUUGCGGUUACUUGCGGUUUCUUGGGGUGUUUACCAUUUGACAGAAAAAUCUGGCUGGGGUGUCGAAAGCAUAAUGGUAAGCGAUUUACCAGUUUACCGUAGAGUUGCCACAUCCGUUAAGGUUUGAAUCCAAAAGGGGGCGAAUGCGUCUGGAACCGAGAAAUUGGUAGAUGGUAAGCAACAGUGCGUUUGGUUUGUACCAACUGGAAUGAACGGACUACCUCAUGAUCAAAACGUACUCCUCAAUUUUUGGUUGGAAUUUCCGAAAAGUGACCUUACCAUUUACCAUCCAUCCGCAAUUUCCGAAAUUUUCUGUCAAAUGGUAAGCACCCUUGAGGUUUGAGAAAGGCGAAACACGUCAAUCAAUCAUAAUUAUGUUGCAUGGGAAAAUAGCCUUAAGUUAACCUGAAGUAAAAAAGAAUCGGUUGUGUGUGAAGCUUUAUUUUACUUGAAGUAAUUAAAAUUUGCUACUCUUGAAAUAUUUCUUAGCUUAUUUAGGCUCUAGUGUAAAGACUACCAAUGUGAUAAAUAUACAAGUGAUAAGGUGAUUUUUCUAUAAGAGGGCGUGGUCGAGUGUCACUUGAUGGCUGUAUGUUAAUAUAAGCAGCGUAAAAACAGUCAGAAAUUCUUAGAAUAUAAUUUUUAAAACACUAAUAACGGUUUAAAAGAAUUUCUGUCUCUUUUAAAUUUGGAAUUGUUAAAGGAGAGAAAACCCCUCAUUUGGACAAUGACGUCAUAAUGAAAAUCCCCAAACUCCACCUUAGCACAAGAUCUGAGUUUGGCAACAAUAUUUUCAAAAUCAGCGUACUCAAGCUAGUAAGAAUACCUAUGUUGCCAAAAUCAGACAUAAAUGCCUGUGGGUGUCACAUUUUGGUUUCCUGUGUACCCGACCAGACUAUACCCGCGCAAAAAAGUGAAAACUACCGUAUUAUAAUAACUCACAGCAAUUUUUGCGGUAAAAUCCUUUAUAAUUACCUGACGGGAUACCCGUCGAAUGGAGUAUAUUAGAUACGUCGUCUUUACCCGCGGCGUUCUUCACCAUCAGUAGGCCAUGUCUGAUUACAGGGUUAUUAAUUCUUUCAUUUAAGUCCAAUUCUUAUUUCCUCAGUGGCACUUACCAAGGCAACAUGUAGAUUUAGCGAGGGCCAAAAACGAAGCUCUCAUUUGAUCUUUUAAGUAAUGCCUUUGAAGAAAGCUGUAAACCUGAGGCUUCUAUACGGACAGUUGUUAGCGGAUACCCUAUUUUGACAAGUGGAUGUCUAAUAUCAAGUUAAUCACAAAUCGAAUAUACCUUAGAUUAACGCUUAUAAUAAGUGAGUGUGACAUUUUACAUGCGCUAAUAUGAAAGGGCGGACGUAAGGACGGAAGAUUGUGUCACAAUUAAAAUUUCUUGAAUGCACAGAUAACCAAAUUUUAUUAUCCAUAGUGCCCGGCUGCUUGUGUUUCGCGAGCGCGAGAGCCCCGCCGUUAUACCUAAUGUUUACCUACAAUCCUUGUCACAUUACGUUGGGACACCCCGUGCUGUACCCAUUUCCUGAAAAAAAAAAUGUGCUCCUUCCCUCCCAGUGUUGUUGUUGUUUUUUUUUUGCUCCUGUCAUUCCAACUCGCAAAAUCCAACAUUAAGGGGGUAGAAAAUACCACUACUGUCCCAGCUAUUGUGACGAGUGUCGUAGGUAUGUCAAUUGUUGUACCUUGGUAAAACGAUCAAGUCAAACAAGUCGACAUCAUGUGUUCUUAUUUACAUUGGAUUAUUACGGGAUAAAAAGAAAUGCUUUAUUAUUUUGUUUUCAUUUCAUUUAUUUAUUUCUGCCGCUAAAAUUUAUAACUUCGAGGAAUCCAUCUCCAUUGGUUAUUGUGCCUAGUUACAUAUUUUGCUUUUGUUGUUUACACUUUUAGUUUUUUCGAUCAAGUCGGUGUGUGUGAAGUUCCAGGUGGGGUACCCCCAUAAAUUUUUGGAUAGAUGUUUGUCUUCGAGGGCCUGAAGUACUGACCCUACUUGAGGAUGAGAGAAACGAAAACUGAUACCUUAUUUAAGUCAUUUAAGGGCGUGUCUCCGUAAAACCGACCAGUGAUUUCGGAUCAAAAAAUUAAUUUUCCCUGUAUUCUAGGAUAUUAAAGUCUUUACCUAAUUAGUUACAAAAAUGCAUUUUGUUUGACCGGAAAUGCGAAAUAAUUUUUUACCAAUUUUUGAAUUUUCGGCCGGCUGGCACCGCGCCAUAGCCUUUGAAACUGCAAAACUUGCCUACAUUGCCGGCGCUACAGAAAACAAACAACUCGUUCAAGAAGCCCGAUUUUCUUUUUAAUAUACGGAUACACCACUCUAGAUGUCCUAGCCAUAUCACAGUUCCAAAUUAUUUAUUCAUUUUAACGGCAAGACUCUUUUUCCUUGCACGUGUUAUCAGCCUGCCAUCAAAACACAAAAAUAGCGCAACUUUGAGGGCAGUUUAAAAAAGUGUGGCACCUGUCUGAACGUUGCUAUGUAUUAAUACAAACUAGAAAUGAUAGUAAAACGUAAAAAGGAAUAAAAUUUUUGUGCUUUUCACGUUUUCGAAUAUGAGCACCGUUUGAAUUUCCAGAAAUUUCGAAGACAAGAUAAUCAACGAACACUUGCCUUGUUAUUCUCCUUUUUUAACUUCGCUGUUUGUAAUGUCCUUCUUGGUUUGUAGAGCCGGGAUACUAUUGUGCAUUAAGCAAUCGCUUUUACUAAAAUAUUGUUUUCUUAUCAUUUGUCCUCCAAGGGAAUUUUUUGUCCUGUUUGUGAUAAAAAUAAUGGCACUCGUUGCUGGUCGCGAGAGUGACACUGUUGUUUCGUGACAUUCAAAUUUUUUCCGCUAUUUGUUAGAGGUAAUUGCCUUUGAAUCGCCAUACAUAUCGAUAAAUUUACUUCUUCAGUUUAACGUAGAUGCAUUGAAAAAAAUGGCUCAACACAUUUUAGAGAAGAAAAUUGAGAAUCCACUAAAAACGCUACCAAGAGAGAAUGAGGUGACGCUACAAAAGUUCGUUCCAGUCCCCACUGUUUUUCGGAAAAUCAUUGGACAAGAUUAAGACGUCGAGGAUUUUUUUAAAACGUUUCUACGUGAUUAUGUAUAAGUAAUGAAACCCAAUAAAACUAAUAAAAAAGUGUACAGCUCUUUAAAAUGAUUCACAAGGGCAAGGGCUAACGUACCUGGGCCGUGGCCACGAAACGUGAACUCUUGCCCUCUUUACUUACCACAUAAUUAUGCAUCCGAAGAGCUCAGUAGCUUUUGUAGCUUUUCCAUCGGGUAGCGGUAAGCAUUAAGACUAAGAACCUGGGUCUUAAGGUUCCUUGUUAGCGCAUAUUUUUAUGCCUACAAAAGAACAAGCAAGUCACUGGAAGGAUUUUUGUUGUUUCGAUCUGACCAUGGAGCGCAUGAUGUAAAUCGCUGAUACCCAGCGUUUGGCGCUAUUACUUCAGCAAUGCAUAUUUCUUUUUCCAUGUCUGUUGCCUCAUUCAUUCUUUUCCAUCUCGUUGUUGUUCCAACUCUAAGUAAUGACGACCUAAUUUCAUAGAGGCCAGGUCUAAAAACAGGUAUGGAUUUAAGAGGCAAGGCCUGAAAAACGGCGUCAAACUGAAAUGACCUUUUUUGGCCUGAAAAAGGGUCCGGGCGGCACACCCCCAACAAGAAUUCGCAGGAGUAUCCCCCGAGAUAACAUGUACUUCCGCGCUAAUGCGGAUCACCACUAAAAAGGUUCACUUCAUUCUAUGCGUAUUUACGACAGACAUGCCAGUGACUGCAGACUGUGGCUCAAUCCAAGUGCGACGGGUAUACCACGAGUAGUUUCUGAGCAAUGAUGUGCAUAAGGCUUCAAAAUUAUUUGUAAUACCAAUUACCGAUUGAAUAGAAAUUUUUGUAAUGCUACAAUACAUUGCCUCUUCAUCUUGUCUUAUGUACAUUCGCUCCCUGAGUGAUUUUCUCUGGCCAAUUGCAUGCUUAUUUUCCCCAAAUUUUUGUUUUUGCGUCUUGGUCGAAGUACUGCAAAUAGCUGUAUCACGACAAUGAUGAGCUCGACUUCCGACUCAUAUCGACUCAUAGCAUAGAAGUAUUUUUUCGGACCAACACAAUCGCGACUUGCACUGAUUAUGACGGGUUGAUUGACAGAUGGCAAAAUAAACUCAAAACAGUCUUAUUCCCUAGUAGGAUGCGAGGUGUCGAAAAAUACUUUUAGAAUAAAAAUUGAUUUUAUUAAGUAAAAUUGCCAAAUUUCCGCGUUGUUUCCUGGGUCACUUGCAUCUUCUCUACUAAAAGCGAAAUGUCUAUUAAUAUUAGUUUGACUUUCAAGAAUACUAGAAAUCUGGAUGCAGAAAAAAAUAAAUAGUUUGUAAAAACCUUCCGUGAACAUUUUACAUAAAGCAAAAAUCCAGAACUACUUUAUAAAAUAAACUAGCCUGCGUAGAAUGGCGGUCUUGUCGUGCGAAGCUCGCGCGAACGAGCAUUGCUCCCACCCCAAUCUCCUCGCGGUUUCACAGCCCUCGCCCGCCUUAUAAGCUUGUACUGCGCGCCAGACCAAAACUACGCAGGCUAAUAAAUAACCGGAAAAAUCAAACACGUAAUGGAACAAUUCCUUUCAAAGGUUUAAGGAAAACGUUCAAGAGAAAUUCGCUCGACCCUCUCUUUAUGUAAAAUUGGAUGUACAGUUUCUUAGACAACUCAGUCGGCACAGGUUAUGGGCUCCUGAUCAGCAUUAAAAAUACUGUUACAUUUACUAUGACUUGAUGUGUAGUUUUUUUUUCAACUGAAAGGUAAAAAGCUAAGUCCGUACCUCGAAAGAGACAUGACUAUCUUUGUACCAAACCUGAGCCCUACACCCACCCUUCUUAACCCCCAUUAAUGCUCCUUAUUAUGGGUAUUUACAGCUACUUAAAGCUACACGGAAAGGAGAGAAGUCGAAAAAGGGAUUGGAGGUCACAUUUGGGGAUCGGCGUUUAGACUUCUCCCAUAGAAGGCCGCGCAACUCUACCAAUCCUUUCUCCUCCAAAGCAAGUGAAAACGCAAAGUAGCGCAGUAGAAAGCCUACUGGACCGAGUGGGACUUGUGUUUCCAAAAAUUGAGUGAUGUUACAUGAUCAUUUUUUAGCUUUUUGUUGCUCCUAAAAAAAAAAAAGAUGUUGACACGUCCUUAAAGGGCGACAGUUUCGAGCCAGUUGCAGCCCAAAUAAUGAUCAAUUAUGUCUCACACAUACGAACAGACCCGCCCUGACGAAUAUCAGUUCGUAUUUUAAGUGGUUCGUUAUUCCUUUUCUUUCUUUCUGCAACGUACAUACUGAAUAUGUCUAACCUCGAAAAUCUCUACGAGUAGAUUUUCCCAAGGCCACAGCAGACAGUCGGUCUGUACACUCCUUCGCUAUGGUAAAAAGAACAACAACAACAACAGCUCGUUAUUAAGGACAGUUUGCUUUGUCCCUGGGGAAAGAAAACCCUUACAUUUUCUCUAAAUUCACCCCGAGAUGGUCCUAAGAUCUUUAUUUUGCGUUAAAGACACAAAAAUAGAGGUUUAUUAAUAUUUAACUCUUUGAAACAAAAGGAAUUAAUUUUUAACAUUUUUGUUAACCGUAACUGAAAAAAAGUAACCGAAAGCCGUAAAAGAGCCAAAAUUUUAGCCGAAAGCCGUAAAAGCCACCUCCCCAUUGAGACCGUCUUGUCUGCUUCGUGUCCAGUUCACGAGGACUGGGCUUGAAAUACAAAGUCACGCAUACAACUACGCAUACGUAUUUCAAAUACAUGUAGAUAACUGGGCUAAAUUGCUUUCUUAGCGUCUUAUCGCGUCACAUUUGCAAAGAAAUUAGUUUUAUUUGCCCAAGAAAUUUUACUGCCAUAUCUUGAGGAGUCGAUCCUUAAGAAAAAUUAUUUUUAGCAAAGACCUCGAGGUCGGGUGUCACAAACCAGUCACGCUCGCAGAUACGACCAUUUUACAAAACGGUUUACAACCCAGAUAACAUUGCAACAAAACAAGUAUAACCACGGAAUCAACAGCGAAUAUAGUCUCAGACGAUUAAGAAAUAACCUUAAAAUGAAAAAGAACCAAGGUAAAAUCCAUCAAGCCAUCAAGUGAAGUUGACUUUUACGAGCAAAGCACAAGGCAAGUGUUCGUUAAUUAUAAGGUCUAAUUAUAACGGCGGACAUGUUCGAAAACGUAAAAAAAACAAAAACUUUAUUCGUUUUUACGUUGUACUAUCAUUUCUAGUUUGUACUAAUACAGAUAGCAACGUUCAGAAGGGUGCCACACUUUUUUAAACUCCCCUCAAAGUUGAGCUAUUUUCUUGUUUUGAUGGAAGGCUGAUGACAAUUAGAUUCGUGCCGGUAAAAUGAAUAAAUAAUUCGGAACUGUGAUAUGGCUAGGACAUCUGGAGUGGUGUAUCCGUAUACAUGUUUUAAAAAGAAAAUCGGGCUUCUUGAACGAGUUGUUUGUUUUCUGUAGCGCCGGCAAUGUGGGCGAUUUUUGUAGUUUCAAAGGCUAUAUUGCGUCGGUGCUAACCGGCGGAAUAUUCAAAAAAUCGUAAAAAAUUAUAUUUCGCAUUUUCGGUCAAACAAAAUGCAUUUUUGUACCUAAUUAUGUAAAGACUUUAAUAUCCCAGAAUAUAAAGAAAAUUAACUUUUUUAUCCGAAAUCACUGGUCGGUUCUUACGGAGACGCGCUCUGAGAGGCGCACCCCUACAAAAUGAGACCCAAUUCAAGGAAAAAAAACACAAACUAAGAAUUUAAAGAUUUAAAGGCAACACAUACCCUGCGUGAUCAGAAAGCCUUUUCGUAAAUUAAUUGUCAGUCACACGCGAAGAAAAGAGCGUGAGUAAAGAAACGCCGAAAAAGUCUUCAGUAAGUCGCUUUCAUGAUACUCUAAGGUAAAAUUCAGCUAACAGACCAUUUUUUUUUUCUCGUGUAGCUGGGCAUUUAUACCUGUAGACUCUUGAAUGUUAACCAACUGAUAACGGCGGGAACACAACACUAACAAGGGAAAAAUUGAUUCAGUAUGGAAGAAUAAGACCCUCAAAUACCAUACUUUUUCGGGCGUCACAUACCUAUCUAGCCAAAAUACGGGAGUACCCCACUCCUCCCCCCUCACAGCCCUCCAAGGAGUCAAGUUGAAGUUUAGUAAAUUGAAUCUAGUUUAAUACCUACUACAGCUAUGAUCAUUUCUGCACAAAACAGGUAUCAAACUUGUUAUGAUCCCGUAAUCGGUUCAAUGAGGCCCUGUUGGAGAGGGGGGUGGGUAGGGGGAGGGGGUUCUUAUCCCUUAUCCUUGUAAAUCUAAGAGGAGAUAUCCCUUAUUCCUAAACGUUGUAAGAACGUUACUACUAAAAGUCAGGGAACACGCAGGGGGAGGUGCUGGGGGAAAAACUUGCCCCUUUCCGCGCACUUUUUGUGGGAAAGAAAAUAAAAUGUUUGCCACAAAUUUUUGUAGUUACAUUCAUGUUAAAAUUAAAGAAGGUAUAACUGUAGCUGAAAAGAUGCAAUAGUCAUUGUGAUUGUUAUGGCAUUGCAAAGAUCCGAUUAAUCCGUUUCCAGAGGCGACUUUUUACGCGUGUAAUAUAAACCAGCGGCGAUUUCACAAAGACUCUUCUCGAGUGCUAACAAAAACACAAUAACCAUGCAGCCGUUGUCUCGUGGGUUUUGCGAAUAUAGUAAAAUGGGUUUUCUUGGCGGCAAAGAUAUUCCCACCCUAUUAUCCAGCUUGCGAUCCUAUAACCAAUAAAAGUAAAGGGGAGAAAAAUAAGUGUAGAUCAUAAUUAAUGUAGAACCAUGAUGAACUUUCAUUACUCCCUAAAACAAUUCAAUUAUCCCCAAAAUUAUUUUCUCAAUUAUCCCUUACUGGUUCCCUUAUCCCUAAGGAAAAGGUCUGAAAGGUUAGUCAUCACAUGUCAAUGCAAAUAAGAAAUGCAUUAUCAUUGGCGUAUAUCAUACAUCAUCUCUGUAUAUCUGUCUUUAAAGACUAUGUCCAUUUUCAUAACUAACUGUAAGGAAUAGCAAUACAAUAAACAAAGGGAGGAAAAUAAGAAAAAAAAGGAAAGUUGAAAAAAAUGUGUGAUUCCAUUUCACUCAUGGUUCUUAUUAAAUUUGUUUUGUUUUAGUUUAUGAUAAUUCAUUUAAAGUCAAGAAUAAAAAUAAAAAUAAAUAAAUAAAUAAAUUCAAACUAAGGAAAAUACACUACAGAGUAACUACACCACAGUGUUUACUCAAAAGUUAAUACUUACGUUUUGUUGGUUUGUUAGAGUCCAUUGGUGGCUUUGGUGAGUAUGGCUUCACUCGCAAGGCGUUUAUUUUUUCAAUUAGCAAUAAAGAAGAACUGGAUCCCUUUGUAAGUGAGGUGAGGAGGCCAGGCGGGGCAAUUUACAGGUGGUCAUGGUAUGGUCCAGUGUUUGGUUAUGACAUCAUCAUUAAUGCCAACAGUAACAGCCGCUCAUACGCACGCCUUGGCUGGGCCUACCCUGCUCCUGCUGCAGCGCAGAACCGGGACACAAUCCUGGCCGGGACUUACCGCUUCUCACCUGAUGAGGUGGAGGUAUUUUAUCUUGACCCUACUCAAUAA